GCCGCUGCCCGUCGCUGGCGUCCUCAACAUGGCGGCCCCGCAAGAUGUCCACGUCCGUAUCUGUAACCAAGAGAUUGUCAAAUUCGACCUGGAGGUGAAGGCGCUUAUCCAGGAUAUUCGAGAUUGUUCAGGACCAUUAAGUGCACUUACCGAACUGAAUACUAAAGUAAAAGAGAAGUUUCAGCAAUUGCGGCACAGAAUACAGGAGCUUGAGCAGUCAGCUAAAGAGCAAGACAAAGAGUCAGAGAAACAAGUUCUGCUCCAGGAAGUGGAGAAUCACAAAAAGCAGAUGCUCAGCAACCAGACCUCAUGGAGGAAGGCUAAUCUCACUUGCAAAAUUGCUAUCGACAAUCUAGAGAAAGCACAACUUCUCCAGGGAGGAGACCUCUUCAGGCAAAGGAAAACCACCAAAGAGAGCCUGGCCCAGACGUCCAGUGCCAUCACGGAGAGCCUCAUGGGGAUCAGCAGGAUGAUGUCCCAGCAGGUCCAGCAGAGCGAGGAAGCCAUGCAGACGCUAGCCAAUUCUUCCCGGACUAUCCUGGAUGCAAAUGAAGAGUUUAAGUCCAUGUCAGGGACCAUCCAGUUGGGACGGAAGCUUAUCACAAAAUAUAAUCGCCGAGAGCUGACGGACAAGCUUCUCAUUUUCCUUGCCCUGGCCCUUUUCCUUGCUACGGUCCUUUAUAUUGUAAAAAAGCGGCUCUUUCCAUUUUUGUAAGAUCUGGAAUUACCAGCUUUUGCCCGUUUAGCUCCAGUGUCAGGAUCUGUCCAUGCUCCUGAGCUCAACCCAGGCUGCCAAACCAGUGCACACCUUAUACACCUCUGCGGCUUGCUCAAGGUGCUCAGCAGGUGGUUUGCAGACCCGGCCCCCCGGCUUUCUGCAGGCAGCUGGCUGGCCUGUAGAAGGUGAGUAGAGCAAGAGGAGGCCUGUUACCAGGACACCUGCAGGACACAGGGACUCCAGGAGCCAUCACCCGGUGUGAGUGGCUGUCACAUGGGGCAUGCAGAGGCCAGCCUUCAGGAUUGGAUCCUCCUCACUCUACUUCUCCUGCUAUAGCCUUAAUGCCAGAUCUGGUAGAAGGAAGAGAGAAUUGGGGAGAAGAAGGAUAAGGAAAACUCAAGUCCAUUCCUUGAAUAAACUUGACUAUAUUUAAUAGAA